AUGGGCAAAGACCUGGGAUGUGAGAUUACUGAAGUGCUGUUUCAGGGACGAAGAACCCAGUUGCUUAAGGGCUUACCUGCAACAAGCACUGUUGAAGAAAACUCAGCAGCUGGUGUUUCAGUCUAUAACUUCAAUGUGACUCUUUCUCCAUUGGCUUCUGAAGAUGUUGCAAUUCUUCCUACCAUAGUAAAUUCGAAUCCAUUCACAGAAGCUUUUGACAUUAAAUCAAAAGGAGGUCUUGAAUUCAGUGUUAUUACUACUGGAAACCCUGUCCUAGAUUACGAAACUAUGCCAAAGAGUUUUGAUUUGCAGAUAUAUGUUGAAGAUACAAUUAGAAGAACAGACCUUAACAUAUUGACUAUUCAAGUAACAGAUCAAAAUGAACAUCCUGUAUUUCGAGGAAAUAUGGCAAUUCAAACUGUGACCAUCUAUGUGUUGGAAGGGACACCUCCAGAACGCAUUUACCAGGUAGAUGCAGCUGAUCCUGAAAAUGCAAAACUCAAAUAUUCACUACUUCCUGCAACUGUGCCAUUCUCAAUCAGGGAAAGUGGAGACAUUUUUUCCACAAAAAAAUUUGAUUAUGAGAAAGAUCCACAUUGUUACUUUUUAAAUAUAACAGUGACAGAUCCAGAUGGACUCAACUCAACUAAAACAGUGAAUAUAAAUAUAAUUAACAUCAAUGAUGAAUGUCCUUACUUCACCACAAAACAAAGAAUCUACAGGAUUCCAGAGGAGCAAGGCCUGGGCACCAUUGUUGCCAAUAGUACAGCAAAAGAUCCUGAUGAUGAAGAUUCUCCCAGCAGACUUUUCUACAGCAUCCAGUCAUCUGACAGACGUUUUUCCAUAAAUCCAGGAACUGGAGUGUUGCAGGUGGCCGGGAGAAUCGACCGGGAUGCGCUUCCCCUGCGGCUCCAUCCCAACAUCUCACUGACAGUCAGGGUGGAGGACAGCAGCGGCUGUGACAGUGAAAUGGAGAUCACAGUCAUUAUUGAUGAUGUCAAUGACAACCCACCAGAAUGCAAUCCUUCUGCCUUCAGGAAAGAAGCAAAUGAAAAUACUAGUCCUGGGACAUUACUUGUUGAUCUUAGAAAUUACUGUAAAGAUAUUGAUGUUGAUCCAUCAAACAACCAAUUUCGUUUCACUGGAUUAUCUGGUUUUGGAAGCAAUUACUUUGCUCUGGAGUCCACUGUGUCUGGAAGACUUGUGAUGACUGAAACUAUUGAUUUUGAAAACCCAGCUAAUCCAGGAGUUGAAAUUUAUACUUUGACUGUCAGGGUGCAAGAUAUUGCCCAUCCUAACUACUCAAAUAUCAUCUACAUUUAUAUCAGGAUAAAGCCAGUGAAUGAAUUUUCCCCAGUCUUCCAUAAUUUAUCUUAUGUAUUUAGUGUUUCAGAAAUUACUAAAGUUGGAUCUAGCAUUGGAAGAGUGCAUGCCACAGACAAGGACUGGCCACCCAAUGUCAUCACUUACUCCAUCGUAGCUGGAGCUGGCACCAGGGAUUACACAAAUAUCUUCUGGAUCAGCCCAACGAAAGGAGAUGUGAGGAUUUUAGCUAGAUUAGACUAUGAAACAACUCAGAAACAUGUUUUCACAGUACAGGCCUCAGACCAAGAGAAGCCUACAACAGCAUCAGUAACUGUAAAUGUUUUGGAAGUAAAUGAUGAAGAGCCAGUUUGUUCACCCAAUUUCUUCUCUCUUCAAAUCCCAGUCAAUUUAGCUGUUGGGACCAAUAUUAAUGGCUUCAGGAUUGAAUGUCAAGAUCGUGAUUCUGAUCCCAGGUCUUUCCGUUACUUCAUUAAUGAAGGCAAUGAGAACAAUCAUUUCAUCUUUUCACCAAGUGCUGGCUCCAACACAUCUCGUCUGAUUCUUGCAUCAAGGUUUGACUAUGAGAGUGGACUUGAUACAAACUGGAUUUACAGUCUGCGUGUCCACAUAACAGAUGACAAUUUAGUAUCUGCCAGGGACAGAACUACACGCUUAGUUAAAACUGGAACGGUGACUUUAAGCAUCAGAGUUAUCCCAAACCCAACUACGGCCACAACCACUACACCUGGCUUCACUGUUGUGACAAAAAAGGAGAACCUCUACUCUCCAUCAGCGUGGUACGUGCCAUUUGUCAUCACCCUGGGCAGUUUGCUGCUCCUCGGGCUGCUGGGCUACCUGGUGCUCCUGCUGUUGACCUGGCUCUGCACCCACUGCCCCCCUCGGAUAAAUGCUCCAGAAAAGAAGAAACCUAAGAAAGAAGUGCUUGUGACAAUGACAAAGCUAAACACUGUCUUUGAUGGAGAAGCCAGAGACCCAGUGACUGGCAGAAUAUACGAGUUCAAUACCCGGUCGGGGGCCCGGAGGUGGAAGAAGAGCAAUGAGCCCCUUCAGCCAACACUGGCUGUGCAGGUAAUGCCCAGUGCUGCAGAAAAUAGUGGCCAAGAGAUGGAUAGAGCAGAAGCACCAAGCAAAAAAGAGCCUUCAGAGAAGAGGAAAGAUCUGACUGCAGCAACAAAACCAGCUGCCAAGCCCUCAGCAGGGCAAUCAGAAACACCAGGCCAAGCUGGGCUGAGAUUGCAAAAGAGCAAAGAGGCAUCUGAGGAUGGGGGGUUAUCCUCACCAGCCCCUUAA